GACCCCGCCCCCAAGGUCACAGUGACCAGCGAAGUGCUAACUCGCGCGGGAGGCGGCUCUGCGCGCUGGGGAGCAGAACAGAUUGCCCUGGUGGAGACAGCGCUGCUUGUGAGCGUUUCUGGAGCCCAAGCUCUUAGCACCGAGGGAAAGACAGAGGAGGCAACAGACAUCAUGGAGCCAGCCUCAGCACUUUCCCAAAGAGGGCACGUUCCUUGGCAGGGGCUCCUGUUGUCAGUCUCACUCUUAACCUUCUGGAGCCCGCCCACCACUGCCCGACUCGCUCUUGAAUUGAUGCCGGCCAAUGCUACCAAAGGGAAGGAUGUGCUUUUCCUUGUCUACAAUCAGACUGAGAAUCUUAUAGGCUAUGCCUGGUUCAAAGGGCCAAUAGUGAACAGCAGCCGCCAAAUUGCAUCCUAUAGGAUAGACACUCAGAGCAAUGCCACCGGGACAGCAUACAGCGGUCGAGAGACCAUAUACCCCAAUGGAUCCCUGCUGUUCCAGAAUGUCACCCUGGAGGACACAGGAUCCUACACCCUACAAGCCCUAAAUACAGAUUUGCAGGCUGAACUAGUAACUGGACAGCUCCGUGUAUACCCGGAGUUACUCAAACCCACCAUCACAAGCAACACCUCGGACCCCGUGGAGCACAAGGGCCCUGUAGUGUUCACGUGUGAAUCUGAGAUUCAGGACGUCACCUACCUGUGGUUGAUCAACAGUCAGAGCGUCCAGAACAGUACCAGGCUGGAGCUGUCCGAGGACAAUAGGACCCUCACGUUACUCAAUGUCACAAGGAGUGACACAGGACCCUAUGAGUGUGAAAUCCGGAACCCAGUGACUGCCAUUCGCAGUGACCCAUUCUACCUGAAUGUUCUCUAUGGCCCGGAGGCCCCCAUCAUUUCCCCCUCAGACACCCAUUACCGUUCCGGGGCAAACCUCAAUCUCUCCUGCCACGCAGCCUCUAACCCACCCGCACAGUAUUCUUGGCUUAUCAAUGGGAGGCCCGAGCAAUCCACACAGAAGCUCUUUAUAACCAACAUCACUCCGAAUAAUAGUGGAUCCUAUACCUGCGUUGUCCAUAACUCUGUCACUCGCCUCAAUGGGACCGCAGUCAUAAUUAUCACAGUCUCUGAUGAUUCACCACAAGAAAGUUCUGGCCUCUCGGAUGGGGCUAUUGCUGGCAUCGUGAUUGGAGUCCUGGCCGGGAUAGCUCUGAUAGCAACCCUGGUGUACUUUCUGUAUAUCAGAAAGACUGGAGGGGCAAGCGACCAGCGCGAUCUCACAGACCACAAACCCUCCGCCUCCAGUCACAGUCCGGGUCAUUCUGACAUCUCACCUAACAAGAUCGAUGAAGUUGCGUAUUCUUCCCUGAACUUCAGUGCCCAGGAAUCAAACAAACCAACUUCAGCUUCCCCAUCUUCAACAGCCACAGAAACGGUUUAUUCAGAACUGAAAAAGUAAUGCAACCUGCCCUGCUCGCUGCACUGCUGAAUUAUCCCAAGCUUCUCAUCUCCAUCACUAGGAGAUCCCUUUACCCUCAGGAAAAAGGAGAAGCCUCUCGCCCUCUUCACUUCUUCUGGAGGCACCUGCCCACUGCCUGGUCACAGUCCCUCCCUUUAGUGUCAACAGAUGGAAAGGUACAUCCGGAGUCUGUAGGAAGCCCAACGUUCUUUGUUAUUGAAAGUUGGCAAAGCAGACCUUGAGAUAAAGCUGCCAGAAACUCC